GUGGACUAAGUUCGUUUUUCCAUCGGGAUCCGCGGUCACACUGAUCUCUACAUUGACCGUUGCUUUUUGGUUUUCCUCGUCCAAUUUUUCCUAUUUUCUGUGAAAAAUACCACUGUUAUCUUCAAAGAAUAUUGCGAAUAACCAUUUUUAAAGUUGCGAAAAUGCCGAAUAAAAACAAUUUUAAUGGAAGAAAUCAAGGCCCCGAACAAGGCUUCCUCAAGCAAUCCACAACUUGUUUUGAUGACGAUUCUGACGAUGCGAAUACACCACAACCGUCCCGUUUGCUCCAGUCCUUCCUGAAAGGACAUUGUAAAGCGGUUGAAAACAUUAAACGUAAUAACAUGGAGAUUGCAAAGAAAAUGCAUAAGAAAACGAAAGCUUUUAUGGAAACGAAAGCUGAAAAUGAUCAUCUAAAAGUACAAUUGAGUAACGCGGAACAGGAGCUGAAGGAACUAACGAAAGCGCUAGAAGGGCUGAAAGGGAAUUACAAGCAACUCAAUGAAAAAUACAUAACUGUACUUCAGAAGUACACCCACUGCGAGACACACUAUGACGAAGAGCAAACCAAGAUCAAAGCUACAAUCAAUCAGCUAAAAGCAGAAAUUACUUUGAAGCAGUCGCGAAAUGAUGAAUUGGAGUCCGAGGUCAAGACCGUGCAGGAUAACUACCUCGAUAUUAGUGCCCAAGUCGAUGCUAUGGCCCAAACUAAUGAGCAGCUAACGGCCGAUUUGGAAAAGAUGCAGUCACAGCUUUUAGAGCACGUUAAGGAAAAGACGGAGUCUCAUAACGCUAUGCAGAAUAUGGAGGAACAGUUCGCUGCCCAAAAUACGCUCCACGAGAUUAGGAUUUCAGAGCUGGAAACAGAGAUCCAAAACCAGACUCUAGCACAGGCCGAUCUGGUCAAUCGCAGCGAGUUGCAGGUAAAAGAGUACAACCUGAAUAUAUCGCACAUUCAGGGCCAGCUGAUGGAAAAGGAAGAGCUCUGUCGCGGUCUUCAGCAGUGCAAUGACACACUCAAAAAUCAACUCGAGCUUCAACGAAACCAAAUCUCAGCAGCUAAAGCAGAGAACGAGGAAAAUCAUCGAAACCUUACCACUUUGAAAGACUACCUAAGCCAAGUGGAGGCUGCAAGGGACCAAUUAAAUGCUUCCAAUAACGAUUUGAUACAGCAAAACGACCAAGCCGCAGUAGAGUUUGCCAUUGAAAAGACUAAACUUGUCAAGGAAUUAAAGCAACAAAAGGAUGAGCUCGAGGCCACUGUCUCACGACUAAAAUAUGAACUGGAGCAGCAGAAUCUGGCCUGCGGCGAGCUAUCCAAGCGGAACGAACAAGAAGUAAAUGACAUACACGUCAGGCUCUCUGAUCUCCAAGGCAGGCUCAAUGAGAGCGAGGUGCUUUGUCAGAAGCAGGAACUCGGCAAUAAACAACUGGCCAGCGAACAUCAAAAGAAAACUCAGAGUUUGCAAGACGAAUUAAACGAUGCGGGGGCAAAGUUAAACGAACUAACUAAACAAAACCAGGCCUUGGCAUCGCAGCUCCACGAUGAUGAGCAGAACUACAAAGAGAACAUCAACACACUUCAAGCUAAACUGGAGCAACUUCAGGGUCAAAUCGAUGGGCUUCAGCAGCAUAUCACCAGUUUGGAGGCUGAGAGAGACGUACUGAGUAAUAACGUACAUCAGCUACUUGGCGAACAUGAAGAAAUGGCCAAUGAAUUAGCGACAGCUAAGUCCAACUUUGAACUGGAACUACGGUCGCAAACGGGCAUCCUACAGACAAAGCUGGCCAGUCUGCAAAUGGAGCUAAACAGCAAGGAAAACGAAAACACCGAAUUGGAACGCAAAAAAGAUGCCAUCAUAGCUGAGCUGAAAUUCAAGAUGAACCGAAUUGGCAGUGUGUUUGAGCAGUCUGUCAGCAGUGUGAGAGUUGUAAGACCGGAACCAAACCCAUCCAUCACUGAAUCGCAGCUGGUUAUUGAAGCUCCACCUGCUCCUUCAAGAAAACGUUUUGCACUAAACCGACGUAUUGAAGCCAUAUCCGAUUCCUCGGACUUUCUCAGCGAUAACGAGCUACCCCCUCCAAAGGUGAAACCACAAAAGAAAGCUAUCUCUGGAGUCAAACGUGCUCGUUUACAUAAAAAUGAGAAGGAUAACGAUGCUGCUUUCGACAAGUUAAAGACUCAAGAUUAAAUUUCUUAAACCCUUUUGUAAAUCGUAAAAAUUAAUUUUAGUUUAAAACGUACAAUGUUAAAUUUGAAAAGUAUGAGAGUUUAGCAUGGGUCAAACCAUAUCGUCUUAGCCGUAAGACCUUAUCUAUAGCGUUUCCCAAUCUAGACAGUACAAAUAUUGACAACCAGCAUUUCUCUGACGACCUGCCCUGGUCAGGUAAUUUGUAUUCAAGAGAAAACCCAGAUAUUUGUACAUAUCCUCAUGCUAUACACUUACUAUAUAUUUGAUACUCAUUGAACAGAUGGAUAAAUUAUUUAAGUUUCUUGUGGACUCAGUCCAUUUAACAUGU